GUGGCGGAGGGCUGGUGAUGUCGGACCGUGUUCAGACUGACCUAUAAGAGCUGUCCGGCGACGGGACACGGGCUCUAGCAGCGAUCGUAGCUCCUGACACUGCACUCGGAGCAGCGGAGACAUCCCAUCAGUCAUGAGGUCACUGCUAGUGUCUGCUGUGCUGGUGGCCGCUCUGGCCGGGCUGAGCCGGGCCCAGAACUCGACCGUGGUGCCGCUGCGGCGGACAGUCGGCUCCUCCGGCCGCGCCCUGCCGGACGGCCUGAUCCAGCCUGGCAAUCCGUACGAGACAUGGAGCUCGUACUACCAGCGCGCCGAGCAGGACCGGCGCGCGCGCCACGAGCGGACUCGCCGCGCCGCCGACCAGCCGCAUUCGCGCCAGAAGCGGCGCUACCUGGGCUUCCCCUCUGGCUCGUACUUUGACCUCGAGCCGGAGAUCUACGUGCCCCUCUUCACCGACGGCGACUUCUCUAUGAGAAUCGACACGGAGGUCACUCUGCGCUGGACCCUGCCGGAAUCGUUCUCAAUCGGCCGCUCCAGCUACUCGGGCGACCGGCUGGGCAUUUACGAGACCGCUCAGCGCACACUCGAUAGGUUCGGAGUGAAUGGAAAGGCGUGCCUGCUGAGGGCCAUUUGUGAGGCGGCAGAGUACCCGGUCGAGAACGAAGGACUCCUCGGAGAGAUUCUCAACAUUGUGCUCACAGCUUCACGGGCCGAGACUGAGAGCUCGAAGGAGCUGGAGUACACGCAGGCAGAGUACCAGGGCCGGGCGCUCGGCAACUGCUACGCGGCCUACCCCGACUGUCCGGUGUCUGUGUUCAACCUGGUGUGAGCGGGAGCGGCUUCAACACCCUGUUGGGGAUGACAGGAUCGAGAGCUCGAGGUCGGGCUCCCCAAGACCGGUACCUACUAAGACAGGGUAGCGCAGCACAUCAGCGCGUCAUCGGCACCAUACGGCCGGGUGGCUUCGUGCUUGACUCUUUCAUCUUGACGACUUUCAAUAAUGUUUGUUUUCCAUGAAGAGUUGUAUGACAUAUGUAUUUGUGCUGCGAGUUCAGAGGCAGAGCGCACAGUGAUGAGACCCUGAAGGUGAAGGUCCUUACGAGAGAGCACGUUACGAGAGAAUACUUGCGCCUCAUCUGCCGUGAGCUGAGGUGGACACUGGACAUAGACGUACCGAACCAGUGAUUAUUUAUUGUUGGAGCAAAGACGGACUAUUAGCUCGCACUGAUGUCACCCACUCGUUUUACCUGAUUGCCAGUAUAGACAAUGUAUUUGCACGGGUAACUGUGUAUUGAAUGAUGGUAGAUUCACUGUUUGAGUAGUACAUGUCACUCAGGUGUUGUGCAAUGAUGAUGUUACGCGCUGUUCACGCAUCUCAUGUUACUUUGUUAUCACAAUUGUUUAUUAUUGUUAAAUAUAUUUAUUCUGCA